UGGAAUAGAAAUACUUUGUAGCCUUGGGUUGUCUUUGAAGUCUCCAAACACACUGCAGAUUCCUUUCUUACCGAAGCUAUUUACUGUUAGAACUACAUCAUGAAAGAGGUUGGAAGUCCAAAUUUGGCUGAUUGUUUCCCAGUGUUAAAGGUGGUUGACCCUCAUGGAAUCAGAAGGCGCACGGGGAGUUACUUUUGGAAGUUGUUGACCAUAUUCAAGGGCUUGGUUGACAAAAGGUUGAAGCUAAGGAAUGAGGAUGGUUACUGCACCAAAAAUGACAUGUUAGAUGCCAUUCUCAACAAUGCUGAAGAGAACAGCCAGGAGAUGUACAGAGAUAAGAUUGAACGUUUGUCAUUGGACUUGUUUGUGGCAGGAACAGAUACAGUAACAUCCACAGUAGAAUGGGCAAUGGCUGAGUUACUCCACAACCCAAACAUAAUGUCAAAAGCAAAGGCAGAGCUAGAGAACACUAUUGGCAAAGGCAACCUGGUGGAAGCAUCAGACAUUGCAAGACUCCCUUACUUGCAAGCAAUAGUGAAAGAGACCUUCAGGCUGCACCCAGCAGUUCCACUUUUGCCUAGAAAGGCUGAAGUGGAUUUGGAGAUGCAUGGCUACACUGUCCCAAAGGGUGCACAAGUGUUGGUUAAUAUGUGGGCCAUUGGUAGGGACCCAAAGUUGUGGGACAACAACCCUAGUUUGUUUUCACCAGAGAGGUUUUUGGGGUCAGAAAUUGACUUUAGAGGAAGGAGUUUUGAGCUGACCCCAUUUGGUGCUGGUAGGAGGAUGUGUCCUGGCUUGCCCUUGGCCAUAAGAUUGUUGUUCUUGAUGUUGGGUUUGCUCAUCAAUUCCUUUGAUUGGAUGCUUGAGGAUGGAAUUAAACCUGAGGAUAUGAAUAUGGAUGAAAAAUUUGGACUUACCUUGGGGAAGGCUCAACCUGUGCUAGCUGUUCCAAUAUUCAAACCAAGCAAUUAGAAUGUUAAUGUGGCCUAGUAGUUAUGUAAUUUUUUUUCUCAGCAUGUCAUUGGUAUAAAUUUGUUUUCUGUCAAAAGAAGUAAUAAAUCUUUGUUAUGCACUAUAAGUAUAUAUAAUAUAGAUAUUUUUUUAUAUAA